GUGACAGCAUUGCUUCAGUACCUUCAAUAAAACAGCCUCAGCCAGUGAAACAAAUACAACCACCUUAUGAGGUGUGACUAACUUUGAGUGCAGACUUUGUCCUUUGCUGCUCUUUACAGAUGACACAGGAGCCCUUGCUGGCCCUGCAGCUGGGAGUGAGCGAGUGGAACAGAAACAUGGCAUUCGUCAGCUUUUUGAUCCCCUGCUUUGUGAUGGGCACUGAUAUCGCUUUCUCUUGCCAGAAUGCUGCCGACUUCGUGGGUGCCAGUUCUCCAGGAGACAUUGUUAUUGGAGGUUUGUUUGCAGUUCACAGCGAAAUGCUGCAUACAGAAGAAGAUCCCAUCAAGCCAGUAAUUCAGAAUUGUGCUGGCUUUGAAAUUCAAGUUUUCCUUCAGACACUUGCAAUGAUACACGCUAUUGAAACAAUCAACAAUUCAACACUGUUGUCUGGAAUUACUCUGGGCUACGAGAUAUAUGACACGUGCGCAGAAGUUACAAAAGCCAUGGCAUCUGCUCUGAGGUUUCUGUCAAAAUUCAAUUCUUCUGAGGAUGCUGUAGAGUUCAAGUGUAACUACUCAGACUAUAUCCCGAGAAUUAAGGCAGUCAUCGGAGCCAGCUACUCGGAGGUGUCGAUGGCAGUUUCAAGGUUGUUGGCUUUGCAACUAAUCCCACAGGAAGUAAUUCUGACCUCCAACGCCACUACAGGAGCUAUAGUCAGUCCGGCAUCAUCAGCUGAAAUCCUCAGUGACAAAAUCAGGUUUCCUUCUUUCUUCAGGACUAUCCCCAGUGAUUUUCAUCAGACAAGAGCAAUGACCCACUUGAUCUGUGAAUCUGGGUGGAACUGGAUUGGAGUAAUCGCCACUGACGAUGACAAUGGGCGGUUUGCUCUGGAGAGCUUUGGGGUCCAGGCCAUGGCAAACAAUGUUUGCAUAGCUUUUAAAGAAAUGCUACCAGCCUAUCUCUCUGACAGCACCUUUCACAACAAAGUUGAUCACGCAAUUGAGAAGAUUGUCAAGGAAACAAAAGUAAAUGUUAUUGUUGUCUUUAUGAGACAGUUCCAUGUGCUCAAACUAUUUAAGAAGGCAAUUGAGAGGAACGUGAAUAAAAUCUGGAUUGCAAGUGAUAACUGGUCAGCUGCAGUCAAAAUCAGUACAAUUCCCAAUAUCAAACAGCUGGGAACCAUUGUGGGAUUUGGAUUUAAAAGUGGAGAUAUGUCCUCAUUCCAAGACUUUCUGAGAAACCUCCCUGAAAAGCCUACUGAAACCAACAAGUUUUUACGUGAAUAUAUUAUGCUUUUGUCAGUCUGUGCACACUUGGAAUAUCAUGAUUUUCAAACGUGCAUUUCAAACCAGUCCCAGGAUGACCUAUUGGAAGAUGUUGAGAAUAAAUAUCAGAUCUGGAGACAUGAUUUUUUGAAUGCUAACAUUGAACCAGGAUUUAUCCAAAGUACUAUACUUGCAGUUUAUGCCAUAGCUCAUGCCAUUAAAGGACAAUGCAAAACCAGAAACUGCAAGGAUCCCUCUGCCUUCACUCCGUGGGAGCUCCUUGAAGAACUUAAAAAAGUUAUAAUCCUUGAUGAUGACAAAGAAAUCAAGUUUGACUCCAAUGGAGAUAUGAGCACCAGUUAUGAUGUACUUCUUUGGAAAGAAAUUGAUGGCCACAUGGAAAUCACCACUAUGGCAGAAUAUGAUGCAGAGAAAGGUGACUUUAUCUUUGAGGAUGAAGAGAAAAAAAAAGAUUUUCUGAAUUUAAAGAAGGUUCAGUCAACAUGUUCCCAGCACUGCAGGCCAGGCCAGAUGAAAAAGGUUACAGAAAGUCCACAUACAUGCUGUUAUGAGUGUGUUUACUGCCCAGAAAACCAUUACAGCAAUCAAACAGAUAUGGAUUACUGCUACCGAUGCAACAACAAAUCCUACUGGGCUCCUAUCAACAGUACCACAUGCUACAAAAAGACAGUCCAUUUCCUCGCCUGGACUGACUGGUUUGCUGUUUUCCUCCUCCUUCUGUCUGCUUUUGGGGUUGUAUUGGUUUUGUCAAUUUGUGUAAUAUUUACUAAAAACUUGAAUACACCAGUUGUAAAGGCAUCUGGUGGUCUGACUGUCUGCUAUAUUAUUCUCUUCAGUCACUUCCUAAUUUUUUUAAGCACUAUCUUCUUCAUAGGCGUACCCACAGAAUUCAAAUGUAAAACUAGGCAAGCAGUCUUUGGCAUAAGUUUUACACUCUGCGUUUCGUGUAUUUUAAUAAAGUCACUAAAAAUUUUACUAGCCUUCAGCUUUGAUCCCAAGCUUCAGAAUUUCCUGAAAUGCAUGUAUAAACCUAUUCCCACUGUGGUCACUUGCACUGGAAUUCAAGUUAUCAUUUGCACCUUCUGGCUAAUAUUUAGCACACCUUUUGUAAGCCAAAAUUUCUCAAUUCCAAGAGCAAUAAUUCUGGAGUGCAAUGAGGGGUCUAUUGUAGUUUUCGGUAUUAUGUUGGGCUACAUUGCUGCCCUAGCCUUUAUUUGCUUCAUAUUUGCCUUUAAAGGUAGGAAGUUGCCAGAGAACUACAAUGAAGCUAAAUUCAUCACUUUUGGCAUGCUAAUUUACUUCAUAGCAUGGAUUGUAUUUAUCCCUGUCUAUGCGACUACAUUUGGCAAAUACUUACCAGCAGUGGAAAUCAUCGUUGUUUUAAUAUCCAAUUACGGAAUCCUCUGCUGCACUUUUCUUCCAAAGUGCUAUAUCAUCAUUUACAAGCAAGAAACAAACACAAAAUCUGCCUUUCUCAAAAUGGUUUACACAUAUUCCUCUAAAAGUGCAGGUAGUGUUGCUGUUAGUCAGGUUUCUUUGGAUUCAAAGUCUUCCAGCUUCCGAGCUCCUAUCUCAGACUCAUGUAAAACUGACAAACACUCUGUGAAUGGAAACUGCCAGUUCCAAGUGCCAGGGCAGUCACUAAUAAAAGGCAAGGUUCUUCCUAAAAAUGCUGCCAGGAAGAGAGUCUCCAGCAUAUGACUGUGGUAAACCACUGGAAGAUAAAAAGCCAUCUUAGAGAGCCAUUUAUCUUUCAGAUCUCUUUCCUUUUGGCAUCCCAAGGAGAGCAGGACAUGUGAAAAUUCUUCUCCUGUACUUAAGCAGUUAUCCAUUACCAGAUCUGAAAGGCUUUUCUGGCUCUGAGAGUCCAGCCCUUGCUCCUGCAGGCUCCAUGAUGCGCAGUCCCCUUCAGCAGGACCCGUGGGAACCUGUUCUGCAGUCUCCCUUCCUCAAGUGAGGCAGAAACAUCACAAAAUUAUUAUUUCUUACAGUCAUAUAGGUGGGACCAUAUGAGUUUACUCCACCUCUUUCGCCUCGUAUACACAAUUGUUUAAGGAGCAAUUCUUCUCAUCUGGCCCCAUUUCACAGAUCAAAGAGAGCCUUGUCCCAGCCUUUGUUUGCUAGGAUAAACAAGCCGAGUCCUGCAGUCUCCACUUUUAAGAUAGGCUUUCCAUUCUCCCAAACUUCCAAAAGUAACCUUUUUCACCUGGUAUCAGUGAAUUUCUCUUUUUUUCCUCCCCAUAAUUGCACACCUUAUUCCAGAUGAGUGUUGCAGUAACUUUUAAAGUUCCUUGUAUUUAUCAGGAUGGUACUGAACUGGAGACAGAUCUAUAAAAGAAUUAAAGAAUUUCUCUGGAGCUCUGUAGUUAUACAUAUGUUCAUCUACCUUUUUUUCCCCAUACUCAGAGGAAAUAUACUGAUUCACCUUGUGCACCUCCUCUGAUGCACCAGAGGAGAGAGCCUACUGAGUUUGCCCCCAGAUGUCCUCUUAGUUGAGAGUGUAAGGACAAUAUAUAAUGUCAAAACUUAAAACUCUCAUUGAUUCCUCUCAUUAGAAUAAAUAACAUAAUUACCAAUAUCAGCAUGAGUACAUUCUGGGAAUUUUGGGGGAUUGGAUAGAAGUUAAAAAAAUCUGAUUUUCAAAAAGAAUAUGACAAUGCACCGUUACAGUACAUAGAAACAGCACAAGAUUGAACUGGCAUGAUCUGCAUUGGGUGAGUCUCUGCUCUGUAGCGACUUGAGCAUAGCCAUGCUGUGCCCUCUGUAUGAGAGACAAAAGGCAAGUUCACAGAAGGAUGGACUUUUCUGUCAGGGUAGUGGUACCACAGAGCUUUUUCAGACUCUAAACAGCAGAGCUACACUGUUACUCCAGGACCAGGAAAAAUUCUUUUCCAUAUUCCGAAAGCCAGAAACAUAUUUUAAGUCCUGUGCCAAGUUACUAAAUUCCUUGACUUUUGCCCAUGCUUCUGUUUUGAUCCAGAAUAACUGGAUGUUGUAGCAGAGCAAAAUAAAAUUCAGUAGAUUUGGUGUUACAGUAGCAUUGUUAUGUAAAAGAUAUAUCUAUUUUUAUAAAAAUUUUAUUUAUAUGUUAUAACCCUUAUCCAUAUUUUUCUACUGAUAUUUUGUUAAAAAUAAAAAAUAAAUCACAUUUCAAAAAUGGACAUGGGCAAUGAAAUUAUGACACCUAAACUGUGUAUGUACUGUGAACCUAUGAAGACAUUUUAAAGUCAUUUCAAUGGCAAGAGUGCUAUUACAUAUGGACUUUUGUAAUUGCAAACAUUCUGUUGCUGGUUGGAGGAAUGAAGUUUUAUGCGUAUACAUUUAUACGAUGAAUGCUGUUCAUACAUCAGUUGUUGCAAAUACUUUGCUGGAUGUGAAGUUAUGUAUAAUAAGGUUACUGCAAUUUGACUACCAAUGCAGCAAGAAGUCUCUCCCUAAAAGAAAGAAGCAAAGCUUACAUUGCGUGACUGUCAGCAAUCAGCUGGUUAGAAAAGUUAAUUUAGCUCAAAUGUCAUACCUGCAUUUAUUGUUUCCAAAAAUGUUGAAGCUCCAAAUAUCUUGAAGCUAUAUGAAAGGGAAUGA